CCACUGCCCGCGCCGGCGGUGAAUGCAACAGAGAAAUUCAACUGCGUGGUCCGGAGCAGACAGGCGGAGGCGGCAGUCCCUGCGCCUUAAAGGAUUACACUGCACAUUUUACAUCAAACCUGACGAAGAGAGACUGGAGAACCGGAAGAGAGCCUUGAUGUGGGCAGUAUGAGUAAGGCGCCCCCUAACAGAAGAGGGAUAACAUUUGAGGUGGGAGCUCAGCUCGAGGCUAGAGACAGCCUCAAAAACUGGUAUGCUGCCAACAUAGAGAAGAUUGACUACGAAGAUGAAAAAGUGCUGAUCCAUUAUCGGCAGUGGAGCCACCGUUACGACGAGUGGUUUGACUGGACAAGUCCGUACCUGAGACCCGUGGAGAGAAUAAAGCUGAGGAAGCAGGGCCUGCAGGACGGCGCUUCUGGAUCGGGCUUUCACGUGAACGACAAGGUUCUGGCCAGCUGGUCUGACUGCCGUUUCUACCCCGCUACGGUCAUAUCCGUUAAUAAAGAUGCGUCCUACACUGUGAAGUUCUAUGAUGGUGUCAUCCAAACAGUGAAAGGGAUACAUGUGAAGCCUUUUAUCAAACAGAGACGUGGUGCCCGAGGGAAGUCAAGGUCCUCUGACGGAAACAUGGUCAGGAGGGUCCAGAACCGCCGAGACAGGAGGCCUCAGGAGAACGGAGGUCCCAAAAACAAGCGAGCCAGACGCAGCACUUCAGACCAGGAGGACAGCAACAGUGAAGAUGAGGAGAGGGAAGAAAGGAUGGUAAAUCAGAAAAACAAGAAAAUAAACGGCGAGCUCGAGGCUGCAAAAACUAUCAAACGGGAAGAGGAGACUCCAGAUCACGCAGAACAGAACAAGUCCCGGGAUACAGAAAGGGGCACAGGACUCACGAAUGGAGUGAAGGUUGAGAACGACCACACUCUGGAUGAGGGAACGUGCCAUUUAAAUGGGGACGUGAAGAAGGAAGAGAUGGACAUGGAACAGAGUGAGACUAAGCCAUGCACAAAGUCAUCCAAGCCAUAUAUAGAGAUGCCCACUGAGACGUCAAUGCAAGCAGAUCAGGUGUCUGUCACUACGACAACCACCGAAUCCAAGGGAGAUGUGGAGCAGAAACCAAACGUCCAAUCGGAGAGUGCUCAGCCGGCAGCAGACGCGCCCCCUCCCCAGCCUGUGAAACCGGUAAGGAAGCAGGGCUUCCACAACCCUAACAGGUUCAGCAGAGAGCCAUUGUACCGUGUCAUCAAAAACCAGCCCCCUCCGGUCCUGUCCAUCAACCUGGACCACAACCCGUUCAAGUGCAGCGCUGCAGGGUGCACCAAGUCAUUCCGUAAAGCCAAACUCCUGCAUUACCAUAUGAAAUACUAUCACGGUGAGGAGCCGCCUCCAGAGGGGGAGAGCAGCCCCAGCAGGAGUGUGCAGACCCGGGCGUCUGAGAAGCAAACCACUGCUGCUGCUCUGGAUGGCUCCAAGAGAAGGCGCACCAUCUCUGCCUCUAUGCACUCGGCGGGCGCUGCUCCUCGUGGUGAUGUGAAAACUGCAGGCAGGCGGACGUCAGCCCCACCCUCAGUGGGCGCACCAGGCCACCAGCAGAGGGCGCUGCUGAGGGAGAAGAGCAAAGAGAACCAGCUGGACCGGAAUGGAUGCCAGCUGCAGGACAGGGAUUCAGACAGGGGGGGCUUUGACAUGGGGUCUAUAAAGGAAAAACCAAAAGAGAAACCUAAACAGAAGGACUUUCUUCGCAUUAAACUAAAGAAGAAGAAGAAGAAAAAGAAGGCAAAGUCUGACUACACAGGUAGUGAGGAGAACAUUGACAUCUCAGUAUUGGGUCUUCACUCCAAAUUGAAUUUGCCACUCAAAUCCCCCCUUUCACACAAUCACAAGCCUGAGGCCUACCCCGGCAGGCCCGGAUACAGCUGCACAGAGCAGAUUCAUGUGGAUGACGAGGACAGCAUCAGCGACUGGUCCACCGACAGCUGUGGCUGGAGCGAUGACGACUUUGACAUGGACCUGGACGUCACCACUCCGCCUCUCAGCGUCGACUCCGGUGCUGUUGACACCAGCGACCAGGAGAUAGUGAGAUGCAUCUGUGAGGUGGAAGAAGAGAACGACUUCAUGAUUCAGUGUGAGGACUGUCUAUGCUGGCAGCACGGGACCUGCAUGGGUCUGCUGGAGGACAAUCGGCAGAGCCUGCGAUAUUGGUAUGACCGGGAGUGGUUGAGCAACGGCCACAUGUACGGCCUCUCCUUCCUGGAGGAGAACUACUCGCACCAAAACGCCAAGAAGAUCACCACCACCCACCAGCUGCUGGGAGACGUGCACCACGUGGUGGAGAUCCUCAACGGCCUGCAGCUGAAGAUGAGCGUGUUGAAGAGCAGCACCCACCCGGACCUGCAGCUGUGGCGGCAGCCCUGGAAGCACCUGGAGAGGGCGCGCCUGGGCUCGGACUCGUGCCGCGGCAGCAACGCGGCGCCCUCCCCCGCCAGCCCCGAGGAGGACAUGAGCCGCGGGGAGAUCCUGAUGUCCAACGCCCUGGAGAAGCUCAGCCGGGCCGCCACGGCCGCCAGCUCCGCCCCCUCCUCCUCCUCCUUCCCCUUCCCGUCCUUCCAGGACUCGUACAUCACCAGCGAGCACUGCUACCAGAAGCCGCGGGCGUACUACCCCGCCGUGGAGCAGCGGCUGGUGGUGGAGACGCGGCAGGGCUCGGAGCUGGAGGACAGCAUGCGGAGCACCGAGGAGCUGCUGGAGCGGGAGCAGCGCUACGGCAGCCUGCUGGACGUGGACAAACCAAAGGCAGCGGGGAUCAGCCACAAGGCUAGUGCACUCACCGGAGUCCUGGAUGCUUCCAUAGGCGUUUCGUGGUCGCAGGCUGAAAACAGGGAGGACGGCGCCAAGGACCUUGGAGACAGUGGAGAUCGAGGGCAGCAUCAGCAGUGGCAGAUCAACCUGCUGGAUCACAUCGACGCGGUCCAGGACGAGGUCUCGCACAGGAUGGACUUCAUCGAAAGGGAGUUAGACGUCCUGGAGAGCUGGCUGGACUACACGGGGGAGCUGGAGCCUCCGGAGCCCCUGGCACGUCUGCCUCAGCUCAAGCACCGCAUGAAGCGGCUGCUGACCCAGCUGGGCAAGGUGCAGCAGAUCGCCCUGUACAGCUCCACGUGAGGGCGCCAGAGAUCAGCCCCGGCUCCGGCCCCACUCUGCUGGCAGGAAGCACAGCGCAGGAGGCUCUCAGGUCUCUGGUGGCAGGGAUAACUAUAUUAAUUCAAGCCCCUGACUUAGACGGUUCAGCACAUUCUGUCUCCGACCCCGCCUCUGCUUCAGUUGAAAAGGUUGUGUGUUGAAAUCCAGUGCCACAGCCAGCCAGCGUCGUCUGUGAACACGAAUGGGAAGCCAGCAUCGCAAAUCAGGAUUAAACGCAAAAAGUAACCUCGUAAAUGCAGGAGAAAAUCCUGAGGACCAGACUACACUUAAUGUGGCUCUUGUGUAACUAAAUCCUCUGAAUGCCUUCUGUCCGAGCUUAAGGUUGCCGUGUCUUUCUCAGUCCACAGUGCUUUACACGAAGAAGCUUGAUAUUCAAACUGCAGUCGAAUACCUGAACCGACACUCUUUGCAAUAGCGUUUUGAACACAUUUUACAACGCUCAUGGUUUUCUUUUUUGCAUACUAUGUGUCAAAGUUCAGUUUGGGCCAUCUGUCCUGCCAUGUUGUGUUGAAAUUCUUGCUGUAUGUAGACAGACGGUAACUUGAAGUCCAUACAGGAAAUCCUCUUCGACCUACUCCAGGGUUCAUUUCUAAUUUCACUGUGAAGUUAUUUUGUGUGGCAUCAAAGAUGGGUUCUGUUUUUUUUUUUUUUUUUUCUAAGCUAAAAUUAUUCUUUCCCACAGUCUGUUCAUCAGUGCCCCCGCUUUCUCACUUUUGGUGUCUGUGUCUCUUCCUUUGAUUUACUUUUGUGUUGUUCCCGUAGCAUUUGAGAUUUGAUUUGGUGAAAACUGUAUUGUGGAUUAUUCUUACCUUAGCAACUUGUGUCAGUAUAAAAUCGUACAUAGAACACCUGUAAAAUUAUUUUUUUCCUUACCAAGUUUUGUUUAUCUACUGUAUCUUUGGUUGUUUAUAAAAUCAUUCAAAAAUGUGUUCUUAAUUGACAAUGUACUCCAAAUACAAAUGUAUGCUACUGUACUGUAAGUGUCUGUCUUAGAAGCAGGGAAAAUGUCCAAGACAAUGCAAACAGAUUUCCUGGUACAUAAAUAAACUAUAUUAUUGUUAUUAAUCACCAUCA